UAAUCUAGUUAACAGGUACUCCAACAUCAUCUGUUUUCAACUGCCAGGUCACUUUUAUUGAUAAUACUAGGUUGUUAUGAAAUAAAAAUUCUGUCAAAUUUCAAAUACAUUUGUUUUCCCAUCUUUAGCCAUAGCCAAGUCUUAAGUUAACAUGAUCUUUCUAUAAACCUUAUUUAUGUCAGCGUUCUCUUUAAACAUUUUUACAUUUAUAGUACACAAUUGUUAAUGUAUUUCCAUUUGGUAAGGGACACUUAAAGCAGACUGGAGGUGUUAGGAGGAUAAGCUGGUUGUCAUUUUUAAAGAAGUAAGGUACGGAUCUCUUUGACAUUAUCCUUGGCUAUUCUGACACUGCAAGUAUACAAAAACUAAUUUGAGGAAGAAAUUGGAAGUACAGUCUGAGUUGGAAAGAUCAGUGAUAUGUAAAAUAUACUCCAGUUAAAUGCGUAUUACAACUUAGAAGAAAGGAUAAAGGCUUUUGUGUACUUUAUCCAUUUCAAGACGCUAGCUAUAGUACAUUAGUUUUGCAAGUUGAAAAAAAGUCAGUAGCCAGCUUGAAUGCAAGGAUAAAUCUAAUCCAAUAAUUUUAGGAUUUCUCAAAGUCACUGGUUGGCUUUGCUGUUGUGACACUUAGAACGUAUGAGACUUUAAAACAUUAUUUUUAAGAAUGUCUUUAAAAAUUAGUUUUUACUUUAGAUGGCAAACAAUAACUAAUUUUUUAAGUAGCAGAAAAAGGUAACACAAUGAAAGUGACUCUCUUCUACCUUAAGCCUUGUUGACUUUUCAGUAGGCAACUACUUUUACUAGUUUUUUAUCCCUUUUUUUAAGUCUAGACAGAUUGACUAUCUUCUCUUUGUUAACUGUUAAGCCUUUUAUUUCAAAUUAUGAAAAAACAUUUCUUUAAAUUAAUGCUACUAUUGACUUUUAUACAAAUAUCUUACACUUUGACAUCAAAAAAAUUUUUUAACUAGAACAAAAGUUAGGAGUGGGGAGGUUCAGAUACCAGGUGAAAAAAACAAAGUCAUCUAUUAAGGAUAUGCACUGGUUAUCAACUUUUAUGUAAUAUUUUAGAAAUAGAAAAUUAAUUUUAGGUCACAAUUAUAGGCAUACUGUUACUCCAUUAUCAAAAGAUAUUCUGUAGUUCUUAAAUCAUCACUUACAUUGUACUGCAGUGGUAUAUUAGGAUUGUGAGUUGAUUCUUAAUUUUUUUUUUUUUGCCUAUUUCUCUUGAAAAUCCUAUUACAAUUUUAACACAAAAGGACUGCUUUUAGUGAUAGUGUCUCUAACUAGCUUUUAAAAACACCUGGCAAGUAAAAUUUCAUUACAAUAACCCAAGAUGGUUCCAAAAUGUAUAUGAAUACUAUUAAAAUUUUCUUGCCAGUUUCCAGGAGCUGGAGAUGACAGCUGUAUUCCAGCCUAUUUUUCAAACCAGAAGGGAGAGGUAGGCAUCAUUUGUUUACCACCACUCACUCGCUCACUUUCCCUUCUCAGUUCUUUGUGCUGUUUUUUAAAAAGGGGUAUUUGGGGGAGAAAAUUUACUUAUUGCUGUCUAAUGGCAAAAAUAAACCAACAAAUCAACUUUUCAUUCUCCCUAUUGGCAAAGAAUCUAACACCUGUUUGGGUUUUUGUUUGUUUUGAGGGGGUUUUUUUGGAGCAGCUAUUGAAAGUUGCUAGGGAAAAAGAGCUACUACUGAUUGCUCAUAAUUACUUGCUGUAAUGGAUGGGGCCACUGCUCCAGAAAAUUUUACAGUACAUGAUAAGAAGUAUUCAUUGCAAAGACCUUACAUCUGCAUAGAUUAAGUUUUAUGAUAAACUAUGAUCUGAAAUUGUAUUUUUCAUUCAUUUUCACUUUGCUGAAAUAUGGCAGGAUUUUUUAAAUGAUCUAACUGGACUUAAAUGUAGCAAAACAUAAGAGUAGUUGAUUCUAAAGGUGUGAAGACCUAAAUUAAGUUGGCAAGUAAAUUUUGCAGAAUGGCUUCUAGUUAUCAAAUAUCAAAUAUACACAUUCAGAUAUCAAAUAUACACAUUUUAAGUAUCUGCUAGUAAUAACCCUAAAUAAAUUUGAUAAAACUUAACUUUGGCUAAGAGUGAUGUUUAAUGCUUGGGGUCCUUGGCCUCCUUGCACUAUUAAGAAAACAUAUUUUACCCACUUGAUGAAAAUGGAUUCUAGAACUUGAGCCAACGAAAGACAGACAGCACUAUACAAUUAAAAGCCUUAGCAGUUUACUGAUCAACUAGGUCGUGGAUGUAAACUAGCUUUCUUCAGGCUUCUUUUGAGACCUCUAUCCAUCAUAUUUAUAAGAAAUUCUUGAUUUAUACUUCUACUUUCACAUUAAAAGGAAAACUAGCUAUUCUUACCUUCAAAAAUUUCAUUAGGCCUUUUUGAAUAACAUUUUUACUGAUUUAUAAUUUGUCACAUAUAAUCUUAAUAGGAGCUUCAUUAAAAAAAAAUUUUUGCAACUUGAUUUCUACUGUGAACUUUCAUAGGUAGUAUCCUAUUGAGCAUAGUCAAUACAGUAGCCUGGAUCAUCACUGCCGUAUGAGUUUUUCAUGUAUUCAGUGAUUUUAAGUAAUAAUGUUGUACAUAUAGCUGUUACCAUAAAUUAUGGUUUAUUUCAGCAAAUUGAAGAUUAGCUACCUUUCAAUUUUGAACUGAGGUACUUAACCUGUUAUAGAAAUAGCCAUGGCCAUUGCCAUCAAUACUAAUUGACCUACUCCCUGUGACUGAAUUAAAUGGGAACAAUCUCAAUGAUUUGAAGAGAUGUCAGAGUUGGUUAAAUUUUUAGUGGGUUUCUUUGUAUUUCAUGCCUUAAAUAACCAAAUUAAAUGCAAUAGUAUUCCACCACUAGCCACAAGGUGCUCUCUAUUAAUGUUGUUGUCGUGUGGGAGACCCUGCUCGCUGCACCAUUUGUCGUGCGAGGGGACCUUCGGGGUCUCUGGUCCCACUCCCCACUUAAGAACGUAGGAUAUGGCUAGGCCAAAAAGGAACACCCACUGAGCCAUAGAUAGGGAAGUCAUACCACUAUAGUCUCACUGGAGGCUGGAUCCACACGACCUGCAACCUGCUGUCCACUUCUCUGCCUACCAACCAAACGACUGACCAACCAGCACAGCCGUGGCAGUUAUAUCAGUGGCUAAUUGGCUAACUGGUUACAGUUGAUGGCCAUCUACUACCCGAGCCAGCACCUUUCCACGUGAGGCUGAGAGCCUGGAAACUCUCUGGAACUCUGUCCCCACAAUUGGAUUUGAUGUUUUCGAGUGGGGAAAUCAAGAAGCUAGGAAAAAACACUGAUCUUGAAUGCAAGGUUAAGCUUUAUGUAGUAACUUGUUGGGAUUUAACUCUGUCAAGUCAAAUGCCACAUCUGUGAUUGGUGACUAAGGACUCAUCAAGUCAAGGGGGUGCUGUAGUUUAGAGGCCACUAUUAAAGACGAGGGAGGUGCUUUCACUCCAAUUAUGUAACUAACCCCUUUGGUGAUUUAAGGCAUGCAGAAAUUGUCGAGGAUUAACCUCGAUGUAAAUAAAAAGCGUCCAGAAGGAAGUCCGAAUAAAAGGGUUUCCCUCCAAUUAUGUAAUCCUCUUGGUGGUUAAAUAAAAGCAUGUACAAAUUGUCUUAGAUUAACCACAAUGUAAAUAAAGUGUCCAGAAGGAAGUCAAGAGUACCUGCUGCUAGGAGACGGUAAAUUUUCCUCACAUACUCUUCUCCAUGACUUAAGAAAUUUCCUCUAAAAUACCAUCUCGGAUGUGGAAAAAUACACUUAAAUUUCUCGGAAAAGGUCAUUCGAAGGUGUGAAUGGGAGAGGACGUAUUAUCAGUGUGUAUUACCCUCACAGCAGGUGCACACUAUCGUUCUUUUCUGGAACGGGUACUGCGGCCCUACCUGGCGCAGGUGACUGCGCGCACGCCACCGCCUCGUCAAGCUCCCAGCACGCGUCGGGGUCACGCGCGCUAUCGCGCAGGCGCACUGAGGCGCAGACCUGGGCGCUUCCCCGCGCUCCGCCUCACCGAUUCUCGGGAGCCUGCCUUCUGCGUCUGCCCAGUAUAGCAGUCAAUUUCCCUCCUUUGCCUCAAACCGAGGUCACAAACCACUCGCCCCGCAAAAAGAACGUGAAUACCCUAUGUAGAACCUAUUUUCAUCGCCCGCCGCCAUUUCUAGAAGUUUCCAGUCCGAUCCAUUGCCACGGUAGCCACAAAAGGCGACUGCAGAUACCGCUGGCCCAGCAGUUGUCAGCGGCGCCUGCGCUGCUUUCUUGCUUACCCUUUGAUUUCCCCCUCCCUUCCCAGGCCGGUGACGGCAGAGGGGAAGCGGUAACAACCGGGUAGGGUGGGGAGAGGGACAAAACUGCAGGGAGGAGUUCCGGCCUGAACCGCCACCCCCGCCUCCCACUUGGUAGGUUCCGACUCCCCGCCCCGCGGCUCGGGAAGCUUCUCAGAGCUGAAAGAGAGGCGGGGCAGCGAGGAAGGGCCGGCGGAAGGGGCGGGCGAGCGCCGGAGGCGGGGCGGUCACGCCGCUGGUCCCGUGCCCGGGGAGUCACGUGCCUGUGCCAUAGCCAAUCGCUGGUCGGCGCUGCCCUGGGAGUGAGGAGGCUGUGGUGAGAGACUGACCGAGACCGGAGAUGUUUUCAAGCCUGGCUUCGGCGGCGUUAGUGGCGGUUGCAGUGGUGACGAAGACAACGAGCGCGACGACAGCGCCGAGGCACUCGUUCAGGGGCUAAAGUCUCCUGCGUCGACCGUGCCCCGGGUCCGUGAGGGCUAGGGGGGCGUGGCGACAGGCGAGGAGGAAGGAGGGGCGCGGUUUCGAGCCCGGUCCCCGGCGCCUGGGAGGAGACCCCCUCAGUUCUGCGCUGCUCCAGUCCUCCAUCCCCAGAGCAAGAUCCACGAUGAGAAGACUGAUAAAAGAAGAAGCUAGCUGAAGAGCUAUAAGAUGCCCAAAUCUGGGUUCACAAAACCAGUUCAGAGUGAAAAUUCUGACAGUGACAGCAAUAUGGUAGAAAAACCAUAUGGAAGAAAGAGUAAAGACAAGAUUGCAUCCUAUAGCAAAACUCCAAAAAUUGAUCGAAGUGAUGUGGGCAAGGAGAUGAAAGAGAAAUCAUCCAUGAAACGAAAACUUCCUUUUACCAUUAGCCCGUCAAGAAAUGAAGAACGAGAUUCAGAUACAGAUUCAGAUCCAGGACAUACAAGUGAAAAUUGGGGGGAGAGACUUAUAUCUUCUUACAGGACAUAUUCAGAGAAAGAAGGUCCAGAAAAGAAGAAAACAAAAAAGGAAGCUGGAAAUAAGAAGUCCACGCCAGUUAGCAUUCUUUUUGGUUAUCCACUUUCAGAGCGAAAGCAGAUGGCACUUCUUAUGCAGAUGACAGCAAGAGACAACAGUCCAGAUUCCACACCAAAUCAUCCAUCACAAACAACACCAGCCCAAAAGAAAACUCCCAGUUCCUCAUCUCGACAAAAAGAUAAAGUUAAUAAACGAAAUGAACGUGGUGAAACUCCUUUACAUAUGGCAGCUAUUCGAGGAGAUGUGAAACAAGUCAAAGAAUUAAUAAGUUUAGGAGCAAAUGUGAAUGUGAAAGAUUUUGCAGGUUGGACACCACUACACGAAGCUUGCAAUGUUGGAUAUUAUGAUGUUGCUAAGAUACUUAUAGCAGCUGGAGCAGAUGUUAACACACAAGGAUUAGAUGAUGACACUCCACUCCAUGAUUCUGCUAGUAGUGGGCACAGAGAUAUAGUGAAACUGUUACUUCGUCAUGGUGGAAAUCCAUUUCAAGCUAAUAAACAUGGAGAGCGUCCAGUGGAUGUAGCAGAAACAGAGGAGUUGGAAUUGCUGCUAAAAAGAGAGGUGCCUUUAUCUGAUGAUGAUGAAAGUUACACAGAUUCUGAAGAGGCUCGGUCUGUAAACCCUUCCAGUGUUGAUGAAAAUAUUGACUCGGAGACAGAAAAAGACUCUCUCAUCUGUGAAAGUAAACAGCUAAUUCCCAGUAAAGCACCUCUUCCAUCUGCCCUUGAUGAGUAUGAGUUCAAAGAUGAUGAUGAUGAAGAAAUAGAUAAAAUGAUUGAUGAUAGGCAUAUUCUUAGGAAAGAGCUACGAAAAGAGAAUGAAUCUGAAGUAGAAAAGAAUAGUUUAUUUGCAAAACAGGAUAAAGCUUUCUAUCCUAAAUCAUUUAAAAGUAAAAAGCAAAAGCCAUCUAGGGUUUUGUAUUCAAGUUCUGAAAGUUCAGAUGAAGAAAUUCUUCAGAACAAAAAGGUUUCUACGCCAUGCCCAGUCCCUGAAACAUCAAAUUCUGAUGUACAAACCAAAAAGGAAUAUGGUGUUUCGAAUGAACACAAACAGAAAGGCAAAGUUAAAAGAAAACUAAAGAACCAGAACAAAAACAAAGAGAACCAAGAGCUGAAGCAAGAAAAAGAGGGGAAAGAAAAUACCAGAGUAACAAACUUGACAGUUAAUACUACACUAGAUUGUUCAGAAAAGACCAGAGAGGAGGGGAAUUUUAGGAAAUCUUUUAGCCCAAAAGAUGAUACUUCAUUACAUUUAUUUCAUGUUUCCACUGGUAAAUCUCCCAAACAUCCUUGUGGACUAAGUGAAAAGCAAUCAAUACCACUAAAACAAGAACAUACCAAGACAUGUUUAUCACCAGGAAGUUCUGAAAUGUCUUUACAGCCUGAUCUUGUUCGAUAUGAUAAUACAGAAUCUGAAUUCUUGCCAGAAAGUUCAAGUGUAAAAUGUUGUAAGCAUAAGGAAAAAAACAAACAUCAUAAAGAUUUUCACUUAGAAUUUGGUGAAAAGUCAAAUGCUAAAAUAAAGGAUGAAGAUCAUAGUCCAACAUUUGAAAAUUCAGAUUGCACGCUGAAAAAAAUGGAUAAAGAAGGUAAAACACUAAAAAAGCAUAAAUUGAAACAUAAAGAGAGGGAAAAAGAAAAGCAUAAAAAAGAAUUUGAAGGUGAAAAGGAAAAAUACAAAAAUAGGGAUGGUGCUAAAGAGCUGCAGCGGAGUGUGGAAUUUGAUAGAGAAUUUUGGAAAGAGAAUUUUUUUAAAAGUGAUGAAACUGAAGAUCUGUUUUUAAAUAUGGAACACGAGUCCCUAACAUUAGAAAAAAAAUCAAAGUUGGAAAAAAACAUAAAAGAUGAUAAAUCGACCAAGGAAAAGCAUGUGUCAAAGGAGAGGAACUUUAAAGAAGAACGAGAAAAGAUUAAAAAGGAAAGUGAGAAAUCCUUUAGAGAGGAAAAAAUAAAAGAUUUAAAAGAAGAAAGAGAGAAUCUACCUAUAGAUAAAGAGACAGAAUUCAGUUCUUUAGGUAUAAGUGCCAGUGAGGAUUCUAUAGGGUUACAUGCAAUGGAAAAGGAAAUAGAAAUUGAAAAACAAGAAAAGCAUAUAAAAGAAAGUAAGGAAAAAUCUGAGAAACGAUUUCAAAGUAAAGAAAAGGACAUUGAGAAGGCUGAAAGAAAAAAUUCUGAAAAAGAGAAGAAGAUAAAACAUGAACAUAAGUCAGAGAAAGACAAAUUAGAUCUUAGUGAGUGUGUUGACAGAAUAAAAGAAAAAGACAAGCUAUAUUCACAUCACACAGAGAAAUGUCAUAAAGAAAGUGAGAAGAUAAAAAAUAUUACUACUAUUAAAAAAACUGAUGACAGAGAGAAAAGUAGAGAAAAGAUGGAUAGAAAACAUGACAAAGAAAAACCUGAAAAAGAGAGGCAUCUAGCAGAAAGCAAAGAAAAGCACUUGGUGGAAAAAAAAACCAAACAGUCAGAUAAUAGUGACUACACUAAAUCAGAAAAAAGCAAAAAUAAAGACAGGGAGGUAGAUAAAAAGGAAAAAUCUAGAGAUAAAGAAAGUGUAAAUAUAACUAAUUCCAAACACUUCCAGGAAGAGAAGAAGACAAGUAUAGCAGACAGUAGUAAAGUACAACAUGAAAAAACUUUAUCCCUUAAAGAAAAGACAAAAGAUGAACCUUUGAAAACUGAUGGAAAAGAAAAAGAUAAAAAAGAUAAAGAUAUAGAGAAAUACAAAGAACGAGACAAACAUAAGGAUAAAAUUCAACUAAAUAGUUUACUCAAACUAAAAUCUGAAGCAGAUAAGCCCAAACCUAAGUCAUCACCAGUAUCAAAAGAUACUCGACCUAAAGAAAAGAGGUUAGUGAAUGAUGAUUUAAUGCAGACAAGUUUUGAGCGAAUGCUAAGCCUUAAAGAUCUAGAAAUAGAGCAGUGGCACAAAAAACAUAAGGAAAAAAUUAAGCAAAAAGAAAAGGAACGAUUGAGAAAUCGUAAUUGUUUAGAACUUAAAAUAAAAGAUAAAGAGAAAACAAAGCAUAUACUAGCUGAGUCCAAAAGUAAAGAACUUAUUAGGUCAAAGAGUUCAGAGUUGACUGAUGCAUAUACCAAGGAGAAGCAAUCUAAAGAUGCUGUAAGUAACAGAUCACAAUCUGUCGACACCAAAAAUAUAAUGAAUUUGGGGAAGUCAUCCUUUGUUUCAGAUAACAGCUUAAACAGAUCUCCUAGAUCAGAAAGUGAAAAGCCGGGUCUCAGCUCCAGAUCUGUAUCCAUGAUUUCGGUUGCUAGUUCAGAAGAUUCCUGUCAUACUACAGUGACAACCCCAAGGCCGCUAGUUGAGUAUGAUUCUGACUUUAUGUUAGAGGGUUCAGAUUCCCAAAUGUCCUUUUCCCAGUCACCUUUUUUGCCAAUUGCCAAAUCUCCUGCCCUUCAUGAAAGGGAGGUGGAUAGCCUGGCUGAACUACCAGAGCGGAUUAAACCACCAUAUACAAGCAGACUUCCAACACCCCAUCUCCGAUCAUCUUCUGUAGAAGAUGUUAAACUAGUUAUAAAUGAGGGGAGACCAACUGUAGAAAUUCGAAGAUGUAGUAUGUCAUCUGUCAUUUGUGAACAUACAAAACAAUUCCAAACAAUAUCAGAAGAAAGCAAUCAAGGUGGCUUAGCUGUGCCAAGAGAUAAUUGUCCUUCUCCCAAACCUGAGGUAUCCUCACAUGUGCCUGAAAGAGAACUUGCAAGUGUAUCUAACAUACAUUCCAGUUUUGCAGCCUCUCCAACUAGAUCUGUAAACAGCAAAUAUAUUUCAGCUGAUAUGAAUGUUAUCAAGAGUACUGCUCCACUGGGCACUUUAAUGGACAGUCCUGUGCAUUUAGAGCCAUCUAAUCAGGUUGGUGUGAUCCAGAAUAAAUCAUGGGAGACGUCUGUUGAUAAACUGGAAUCGUUAAGCACCAGUGACUUUAUCUGCCCAAAUUCUAGUACACCUGAUCAAGAUUCUUCUGUUCAGGAUUUUUGUAAUUCUGAAAACAAAAUAUUGAAAGAAGAGAAUACUGAUUUUUUAUCCCUGCACCAUACUGAACUGCCAGUAAACUCGUGUGCUCAGGAUGCAGCGUCCUUUCUGCCUUCACAGCAACCGUGCUCUUUCCACAGCCAAUCACUUUCAGAUGCUGAAUCUAUUUCUAAACAUAUGCCUUUGUCAUAUGUUGCCAAUCAAGAGCCAGGUAUUUUACAACAGAAAAAUGCAGUUCAAAUUAUCAAUUCUGUUUUAGAUAUUGAUAAUGAAUCUACAAAAGAUAUGGAGAAUAUUUUUGCCCUAACAGAUGUUCAAAAGACAGGUACUUUUGUACCAGUGUACUCUGAAAGCACUAUUCAAGAAGCCUCACCAAAUUUUGAGAAGACUAAUACUUUGCCUGUAUUACCAUCAGAAAAGGGCUUCAAUGGAAGUGAUUCCUCUUCCCAGCUAAAUAUACAUUAUGCAUUUAGCAAACUAAUGUAUAAGUCUUCCAGUGGCCAUGAAGUUGAAAAUAGUACUUCUGAUAUUCGGGUUAUUGCACAUGAAAAAGAAAGCAAACUGGAGAGUUUGGUUUUAACUCAUUUGAAUGAUAAAUGUGAUUCUGAUUUAUGUGAAAUGAAUAUAGGGAUGCCAAAAGGAAAUCUAAAUGAACAAGAUAAUCCAAAACUUUGUCCUGAAAGCGAAAAGUGUUUGCUUUCCAUCGAAGAUGAAGAAUCACAACAAAGCACUUUAUCAAGUCUAGAAAACCAUUCACAACAACCAGCUCAACUAGAAAUGCAUAAAUAUGGUCAGUUAGUCAAAGUAGAAUUAGAAGAAAAUGCUGAAGAUGAUAAAACCGAAAACCAAAUCCCUCAAAGGAUGACAAGAAACAAAGCAAAUACAAUGGCAAAUCAAAGCAAGCAGAUUCUUGCUAGCUGUGCACUGUUACCAGAAAAGGACAGCGAAUCUUCAUCUCCUAGAGGAAGAAUAAGAUUAACUGAAGAAGAUGAUCCUCAAAUUCACCACCCACGGAAAAGGAAAGUGUCGCGUGUACCACAGCCUGUGCAAGUGAGUCCCUCUUUACUACAAGCAAAAGAGAAAACUCAGCAGUCUCUGGCAGCCAUUGUAGAUUCUCUAAAACUAGAUGAGAUUCAACCAUACAGUUCAGAAAGAGCAAAUCCGUAUUUUGAAUACUUGCACAUAAGGAAAAAAAUUGAAGAAAAGCGCAAAUUGUUGUGUAGUGUUAUUCCUCAAGCACCUCAGUAUUAUGAUGAAUAUGUGACAUUUAAUGGAUCAUAUCUCCUGGAUGGAAACCCUUUAAGCAAGAUUUGCAUUCCCACAAUUACUCCACCACCUUCACUGUCAGAUCCACUUAAAGAGCUUUUUCGGCAACAGGAAGUUGUAAGGAUGAAACUACGUUUGCAACACAGUAUUGAAAGGGAAAAACUCAUUGUAUCUAAUGAACAGGAAGUUCUACGAGUUCAUUACAGAGCUGCAAGAACAUUGGCAAAUCAAACACUGCCAUUUAGUGCAUGCACUGUUUUACUGGACGCAGAAGUCUACAGUGUGCCAUUGGAUGCUCAGUCUGAUGACAGUAAAACUUCUGUGAGGGAUCGCUUUAAUGCAAGACAGUUCAUGUCUUGGUUACAGGAUGUGGAUGAUAAAUUUGACAAAUUAAAGACCUGUCUUUUAAUGAGGCAACAACAUGAAGCUGCAGCUUUAAAUGCCGUUCAGAGAUUAGAAUGGCAGCUCAAACUCCAGGAACUUGAUCCUGCCACCUAUAAAUCUAUCAGCAUUUACGAAAUCCAGGAGUUUUAUGUUCCCCUUGUUGAUGUUAAUGAUGACUUUGAAUUGACUCCUAUAUAGCAGCCAUUACUUCCUGUUGUGGUGCCCUAGAUUGAUGAGGCUCAAGAGUAUUAUACUGUUGAAUACUGCCUUUUGACAAAAAUACUGAUACUAUGCCUUUACAGUUGUUUAGUAAAGUUCAACUAAAGUUGGUUAUGUAGUAAACACUGUCAUUUUAUAAAAAAUGAAAAGAAUUAUUUUGGAUCUUAAAUCCAAACAGUUUUUAACCGAAAACUGUUAUUUAUAUUGGCGAAAGGUAACUUGCAUUGGAGCAUGUUGGCAGGCUGUGGUAGAUAUUAAAAACGUUGAGAAUCUGCUAAUGGCGCUGGAAGUUGUUAGCAUUCUUAGUAACAAGAUAACCACUAGUAUGCAAAUCUCUUUUGAGUUUUAUGAAAAUAUAUCAGUAAACUAAAAGGUUCAGUUCCUACCAAAUAGUUUCUAAUGUGGAAUAAAAACUUGGCACAAAAUUUCUUCUGUUUAUUAUAUAUGUAAAUUGUACAGUUUUCUUUUCAAAAGUUUUAAUAUUGUCUUCCUUUUUAAUAACUUAUUUUAUACAUAUUGUGCAGAUGUAAAUCUUGUAAUUAAUGGUCAGAAUGUAUACAAAGGGAUUGGUAGUCAAACAUGUACAAAGAAAUAAUUGUAAAACUGUUUUGUCUAUGUUUUAUUGGACCAAAGUUGUAGUUUGUAUGGAGUGUAGUAGUAGUGUAUUCAGGUAGCAAAACUUUUAAAUAAGGCAUGUAUGUGUUUGAGUUAGCUUGUUUUCAUCAUCAUAAUUGCAAAAAUUGUGACUUAGUUGUAUUGCAUGCUUUCUAUAAUUUAAUCUCCAUAAGUGAUGCUGAAAGUAGUGUAAGGUGUUUCAUACUGGUCUCCUGGUAUAAUACCUACGACUUACUAUGUUACACAUAUUAUUUAGAAUUAGUUAUACAAAGAAACAGCUCUUUUUUCAUCUCACGAUAGAGCCUGUUCUCUCCCUUCCUCCCCCCAAAAAAUGCCUUUGAAUGAAAAUUCUGAAAUUGUAAAUGUCUAUUUUAAUACUCAAGUAUGAAAGAAUCUGUGAAUAUAUGUAAAUAUGUUUAAUAAAUUUUAUUGGUCAUGUUAAAUCAUUGUAAAACUUUUUUACAUUGCUUAAAUAUAACAUUUUAAGCUUAAUAACCUUUGCACUUUUAAAAUAAAACUGAGUACUCAAAUGAAAAAGAAGAUAUUUGAUCGUCAAAAUAAGUAAAAGAAACAGGCAUAUGGCAAUUGAACUCUGCAAUGUUUAUGAAAAAUUCAUUCAUAUGCUGUAUUUUUUUUCCUUGUCUCAAGAGCAAAACAUAUAAUUUUCAGAAUUUUAUAAUUAAGAUUUGGUAUGUAUGCUGUUUUUAAUAAAAUAAUUAGCAAUAUACUUAGAAAAAGUCCAGUUUCUCCUAUAACAUGAUAUAGAUGAAAUAUUCAGGAAUAUUUGCGAUCUGAAACCUACUGCUAAAUUUAUUAAACAUUUUUGAAAGGAAAAUUAGGUUAUAUGUAAAAUUGAUUUUACGAGAUAAAAUUUACAGAACUUUCCAUAAUACUUUCUAGAAUUAUAAAAUAAUACUGAGUAUAUUUUAUUCUGAUAGACAAAAGUAAAAAGAAUAUAUGAUGAAUAAAGUGAUUUAAAUUCAGCUUUCAGCUUGGAAAUUCCAGCUACUGGAGCAAAUGUAAAAAUUCAAGUUUUGAGUGCAAAGGUACAUAUUAAGCUUAGGGAUUUUUGAAUUUUUACGUCAAUUUAUAUUUUAAUUCAUAUUGUACUUGGCAUGCGCAAUAAAGCAGCACGUGUAAAAAAUACACGGUGCAAGGACUUUAUUAUAAAGGUUGGGAUGUAGUAGUGUUUAGAAAUUUAGACGAGAGAUUUUGGCCUUUUUUAUUGGAUAAAUGGGGCCAAGAAAGGCAGGGUAGAUUUUGAAGCACUGGUUUUGUUGUAGUUAAGUUUAUUAAGGCUGGGAACAUUCAAAGCAAAUUUAUAAAAGCAAUACUUUUUAAUAUGAAAAACUUAAUGCAAAUUUUUAUACUUUUGCCUAAAAAUAAAAAACCAGAUUAUUGCACAGUGAAGUCACAGAAAAUGAGAGGGGUAAGUUUAUGCAGCAUUUUGUUCUGAUGGUCCAACCCGAGAGGAGGGGUUGGAAAGAUCGCAGUUUGGCCAAGCAGAACAAGCUGCAGAAGAGAAAAGGUAAGCAAGCAGGAAUCUGGUGUAAUUUAGUCAUCCCAGCUUUUUAGCACUAAUUAGUUCUCACCCUCUUCAGUGGUACCUCAAGUUGCUGGAGCCUCUCUGCCAUGAUUCUGCUUCUGCAGAUUUCCUUUGUAAAAUGACUCAAAGCUAAUCAAGAUAGCUUAAAAGAAAAGUGAAUGCCUUCUCGGUGAGAAUUUAUACUUAAGUAAGUAGUUAAGAGCUUCUGAUAUUAAAGAUACUCUGAAGCUCUGAAAUGCUAGAAAAAAACUUACAAUGAAGUAUAUGCCUAAAGAGAUUUAGGAUUCUAAAAGAGAAAUAAAGGAUGGUUAGUUUAAUCAGUGAUUUUUUUUAACUAUUCAAAUAUCAUGAACAAGAGACUAAAUUGUACCUAAGGAUUUGUAUUUCUUUAAAUCUUGUUCUAAAUCAUAUCUGUUUAAUAAAUGACUAGUUGAUAUUUGUGCAUGUUAUUUAAUAA